AUGCCUCGAAGCGCCCUACUUAAAGUGAUUAUCUUGGGCGACAGUGGUGUCGGGAAGACGUCGCUGAUGAACCAAUAUGUGAACAAGAGGUUUAGUACGCAGUAUAAGGCCACUAUCGGGGCGGAUUUCUUGACAAAGGAGGUCGACACUGAAGAGCGACCGGUUACGAUGCAGCAACAACCGACUCACACGACGUCCUCGCUGGCCCUCUCUCUAACUCUGCACUUCGCCACCUCUAUCGCAGGUCAAGAACGCUUCCAAUCACUCGGUGUCGCAUUCUACCGCGGUGCAGACUGCUGCGUCCUCGUCUUCGACGUCAACUCGGCCAAAUCAUUCCAAGCGCUAGAGAGCUGGAGGGACGAAUUCUUGAUUCAAGCCAGUCCUCAUGACCCGGAGAACUUCCCCUUCGUGGUAUUGGGCAAUAAGGUCACCCAGAAACGAGCGCUAGCGUGGUGUCAAGCCAAGGGGAACAUUCCUUACUUCGAGACGUCGGCAAAGGAAGCGAUCAAUGUCGAACAAGCAUUCCAGACUGUCGCUGUGAAGGCGCUGGAGCAAGAGUCGGAAGAGCAACUAUUCAGCGAUUACCCUGAUUCAUUCCCCUUGGACGCUCACGAGGCGGACAACACUGGCUGCAACUGCUGA